UCACUUUAUCCUGUUACAAGCUUGUCUGGGAACCUAUAUACAUUCUGAUAAAUAUUUCUGUCCCAGUUUGUUUCCCUCCAGUCCAUGAAUCAAUAAAGCCUUGUUCUGGGUGGAGGACAAGAAAAGGCUGCGUUCCUAACCGGAAAAUACAGCUAAACAAGCUGAAUUGGAGUGAUUUCUCUGUCUGAUCUCUGAGUGUGAUUUGGGACAGAGCAGAACUUCCUCUGGAGCGUGUCACACUGAGCAGAUUUUCAGCCUCAAGGUUCCUUACAGGUUCCUUACAGGUUCUGCAGUGAUGAGGAUCUCUUAAAAUGAAGCCCAACUGAUUUCAGGACCUCAGGCUGGAAUGUUAAGAUGUUUAAGGCAACGCUGCCAAGAUGCUUGCAGCUCUGCGUCUCCCUGGCCAUCGUGUCCAGAAUUAAUGGCAGGGUGGUGACUCCUCCACGGGUCGAGGCAGAAGUGGAAAAACCCUUCACCCUGAGCUGCAUGCUAACCAAGUCCAAAGUGGAGCAGGUGAAACAGGUACGCUGGCUGGACAUGAAGAACCAAACGCUCAUCUCGUACAUUCCAGGACAGCCUGACAGUGUGAGCGGGCAGCACCAUGUGGAGCUGGGUGAAGGCUCAAAGGACUCCAGCAAAGUGCUCAUUAAACGUGUCAGCUACCGAGACGAGGGCUGCUACGCCUGCAUCUUCGACGUUUAUCCCUCUGGGUCCAAGGAAGGACAGACGUGUCUCACGGUCACCGCCUCAGUGAUCCAUGGUGGGAAUAAAACGGUGGUAAGAGGUAAGUGGGCAUCUCUGUCCUGUCUCUACGGCCUGCCUGAGAAGGUGCAGCAGAUUCUGUGGAAGAAAGUGGCAGAACGUGGUGUGUUUCAGGAAGUGGCAUCUUUCGCCAAACGCAGUGACCCUGUAAUAGAGGAGAAAUACACAGACCGGACAAGUCUCACUCGCUCUCUAUCAGACUCCCAACUCACUUUUAAUCCUGUGAAGAUGGAGGAUGAGGGCUGUUACACCUGCCAGUUCCACACCUAUCCAGAGGGCACCAAGAGCGCCACCUCCUGCCUCACUGUGUUCGUUCUCCCCAAACCUCAGGUGAGCUACAAAACCGUGUCUCCAGGUGUGAUAGAGGCGAACUGCACUGCCGUGGCUCGCCCCAAAGCUGAGAUCGUGUGGAACGUGGAGAGGGAUAACAGGACGCUGGGAGCCCCGGUGUCCACAGUCACACAGCAGGACGACGGGACGACACUGGUCAUCAGCACGCUCAUGGUGCAGGCCAGCCUGCUGAAGGACGUCUCCGUCAAAUGUCUCGUCCACCACAAAGGCCUGGAGUCGGCCAUCUCCGUGUCCAUGAACACCAAGAUUGGAACAGCUCUGACCAUCCUGAUCUCGGUGACUGCGGUGGCCUUCCUGCUGAUCAUCUGCAUGUGUGUCUGCCUGUGGAAGUGUGUUCUGCGCAGUAAUGAAUAAAGCACCUGGGAGCGCUAAAGGAGGAAGGCGAUGAGUGUAAGCUCGAAAUCUUAAAUAUUAUGGAUCAUUAAUUCUGAUGGGAGACAUGGACCUGACAGACAGAGACCUGAGCUCACCUGGAAUAACCUGCUCCAGAGACAUGCGUCCACCUGCAGGGGCGUGGCCACAUGGGUGGGGCUUGGGGGGGACUUGCCAUCCCUAAAUCACAUAUCUGAGGUUAAUUACUUGUAUGAAUUAAUUAUCAACCUUGCAGUAGUUUAAAUAAUCAUUUUAGCAUUAAUAUACAAUUUUCCAUAUUCAUAUAAUGAAGUUUCCAUUUAAUUUCAGUGGUUUUACAACAUGUGCUGGUUUUCCAUCAUCAUUUACAUUUACAUUUCUGGCAUUUAGCAGAUGCUCUUAUACAAGACCGAUGUACAAAAGUGCUUCGAAGUAUCUAUCAGUGAAUACAUUAACACUGGUUCAAUAGGUCACAGAUUUAGGAUACCAUCAGCUAUAUAUAAAAACAAACAGUAAAAAUAAGACCUAAGUUUAAGUGCUUCAGGAAGAGGUAGGUCUUCAGCCAUCGUUUGAAGAUGGUCAGUUGGACAUCUAGGUGUUAUUUCAGCACCUCGUUGCCAGAACAGAGAAGAGUCUAGAUGUAUACCUACCUUUUACCCUGAGAGAUGGUGGGACCAGUCGAGCAGUGCUAGUAGAAGACAGUGAGGUACAUCACAUUACACUAAUGAAUCCAUCUUUCCAUAUUUCUGUGUUUUUCCUUAUCGUACUCUUACUUUAGUAAUAGCUCCACCACUCCAAGAUCACCAGCACUGGUUUAAAAAAAAAAAAAAAAAAAUUACGUCAGCUGAUGUCUGAGUCGGAAUGUUUUAAGGAAUUUUCUGUCCAAAAAGUUCUCAGCCGAAACCUAGAACUAAUCCUAAUGGACUACAUUAGGGAAUAAAAUAACAGUAAUCAACUUUUUUUUAUAAAUAUUUUAUUUUUUAAUACAUUCUAACCUGCUUUACGCUAAUGCUAGCUAAUAUUCAAUAAAACUGCCACUAUGCUAUUUAUACCUAAUAAACGAAAUUGCAGCACAAACUUUUUCAGAACGAAGUUUUUCCUCAAGACAUGAACACAUCUGCAAUCAGUCUGUGUUUGAUUUAAUUUGACCAGGGCUGCGGACAGAACUGAAAAAAGACAUGUGGGCGGAGCUAAAAGAAUGCAGCACAUUGCUUGGUCAAGCAUGAUGAUGACUCCUCAUCAUGAUGUUGUCUCUGUAGUGUAGUGACCGUCUACUGAUUUUUUUUCUAAACGUUUCUGAAGGCUUUAUUAGGAAAAAUAAUGAUAAUUGUGUCCUAAGAUUCAGGUUAAUUUAUUUACACUUGUGUUGUCUCGGGGUUUUUUUCACUUAGCCGGAUAAAAAUCCAACUUUUUUAUAUUAAAUAAUAUCAAAAUAGAUCCCACUCACAACACAUGCACAUUAUAUAGCACAUAAAUAAAAAAAUUCUGCUUUUUGUUUAAUAUUUCUCCUGCAUCCUCAACACUUACACCCACUAGCUUCAUAUCCUCAUUUAUUACAUCCAUAUACCUCCUCUUUGGCCUUCCUCUUUUCCUCCUGCCUGGCAGCUCCAUGUCCAACAUUCUCCUACCAAUAUACUCACACUAUAAUUAACAUUUUCAUUUAACAAAAUGGCUUCCACACUCAUCAUUCAGCAGCACAGUCAGUAGAAUAACUCUUGAUCCAGCACAGUCUGUUAGUUUAUACUCAAUGUUUUUGUAGUUACGUCUAAUGAAGCCAGAAGGUCAUGAAAUGUGUGGAGGAUGUAAGCAACUUUAUCACACUUUUAUUUACAGUUUUCAAAAGCUGCACUUUCAUAUAAAGAAAACGUGAAGGAUAAUCUGACCGAGCACUCAUCUGAAACACAGAGAAACUAAAUUAAUUCUUCAAUUUUGUACAUAAAUAACAUUUAUGCCACAAAAUAAGUCAUGUCUCUUAUACAGAUGUUUCUCCUUGGAUGUCUUUUUUUUUUUUUUUACAUAAAAUUCACGUUUAUGCAAUUAAAAGUGUUUAAAGUCUCAUAUGACCUCGAGUGUAUUUACAAAAAACAUGCAUUUCAGUGUGAUAUUGUGGUUACAUGAAACUGUCAUGGACGUAACAAUGCCGAAAUCUGCCGAUCUGUUGAUAUUUACAAAUUACAAAAUUUAUAUCAUGUAUAACAUAACAAUCAGUCGUUCCCUCACCAGCCGAUCUUAAUUCUCUCUCUUAAAAUGAAAAUUACUAAAGAACAUGAAGUCACUGUGUGUGUCGUCGUGUGUGUUACAGAAAAGUAAUCAAUAAUUGUAUGGUGUGAUGAAGCAGUGAUUUAUCAUUUUCCUUUAACAGCACACCCUUUAAUGGUUAGCUCCCCUCAUAUCACAGCCAUUUUUAUUUAUUAAACAGUGACACAGUGCAAUUUUUAUGCAUUUAGAGUUACAUUUAAUGUGGGUUAAACAUGAUAGUUCCUGUUCUCGCUUAUGUUACAUUUACAUUUCUGGCAUUUGGCCGAUGCUCUUAUCCAGAGUGUGGCACAAGUCUCUAUCACUGAAUACAUUAACACUGGUUCAAUAGGUCACAGACUUAGGAUACCAUCACCCUAAAUACUGUGUUGGGAAAACUGUUUUAUUUUUAUUUUUUUUAUCUAGAUACAACAAUACAUAAAACAAACAGGGAAGGCUAGUGUUUUAGGAAGAGGAAGGUCUUCAUCCGUCGUUUGAAGAUGGUCAGUGACUCGGCUGUUCGGACAUCUAGGGGAACUUAGAACAUAGAAGAGUCUAGCUCAGGGCUAGGCAAUUUUGGUCCUAGAGAGCUGCAAUCCUGCAGAUUUCAGCUCUGACCCUAAUCAAACACACCUGAACAAGCUAAUCAAGGUCUUCAGGAUUACUAAGGCUACAGGCAGGUGAGUUUUUUUUUCAGGGCUGGAGCUGAAAUCUGCGGCUUUCUCGGACCAAACUUGCCUACCGCUGGUCUAGAUGUAUACAUCUAGACCAGUACUAGUGGAUCUGAGUGCAGUGUGAGGAGUAAUAUAGCAUAAUAUAAACAUAGAGCAUAUAUUAACGUUAUAAUAGCUAUAUAUAUAAUAUAUAGCUGCUGAAAUCAUUCAUUUCCUCACAAGACCUUGAAGUUUAUAAAACAAAAACUCAGCUUGUCAUGUGACCAAGAAAAAAACCCACCAAGUAUAAACUCUGCUAAUGUUUACAAAGCUCUGACACUGGAGACUCCUUCCAUCACCCAAUCUGAAUAAGCUUUUUUUCUCUCGCUCUCCUUCAUGUAAUAAAAUUACACAUAUUACAAAAUAUAAAUUAAAUAUCACAUUUGGACAAACGUUACACAAAUCCUCAAGGAUUCCUUUGAUUAAAAUGUGUACAUUAUAGUGUUAUGAAUGUUUAUUAACACCGCAUGUUGAGUUUUAAUUCAAUUUCACUGUCGGAUAAGUUCAGCCAGAGCUCUAGAUGAAGAUGUGUUUAUUUACUCCAAUUCCUGCGACAGACAUUUUUAAAAUCAAGCUGCUUUAAUAUGUAGAUACACCAAGACUAAAUGUUUGAGGGAAAUGUGAGUGGGAAUGUUUAAUAAGAACAUCAUUUAUCGUCUGAUUUCUGAAUGAAUGAUGUAUGGCUACAGAACUUUUUACCACAUCAAAUAUUAAAGUUACAUAUUCCAA